UCGCGUCCGCUGCGGUUCCUCGCUGUUAUUCCCACGCAUUUGUCGCUGCAGCGGAGACUGCGUAAGAGCUUCGAGGCGCUCGUGCAUCGCCGCUGUAAUCUGUGCCAAUCAACGUGAGGCUGGACGCAAUCCCGAUCGGCUUUGAGCGUUGCAUUUCGUAACGUGUGCGUGCGCGUGCGCGUGAGAUGCACGCUUGGAUCUGGGCCCACGAUGGUUGUCUGUAUCUGUAUGGUCACCGCCGAUCGGCUGGUGCAUCCUGGACCAGCAGGAAGCUCACGAGCGUUCAUUUUCAUAAUUGAUAGUGUCUGUCAUGUGUUUUGGCAAAUAUGCCACACCUGUCCCCGCUUCUCAGUGUGAUGAUGUGAUUAUAAACUGGUUUUAGAUCAACGGCUUGACAACAAGAGCACCACGUGGGAAAUGCAGGCGUCUCCUUAUUCCUAUUUUUUUCAGAAUAAUUACGAUAAUUACUGCCGCAUGGAGGCCCUGCUGAAUGAGUGGCUGUGGAAGGACGAGUACUGGCUUCCUCCCGGCAUCCGCUGGCAGGACGUCACGCUGAGCGAGGACGAGGGGCGCUUUCCUCUUCCCAGAGAUCUCGUCUACACUCUGCCGCUGGCCCUCGCCUUCAUAGCCGUCAGAUAUGUCUUUGAGAGGGUCAUUGCUGUCCCAUUAAGCAGACAUUUAGGUGUGAAGGAUCGGAUUCGGAUUCGAGCCGCUUCUGUCCCAAAGUUGGAGACCUUUUACAAGCAGAACAGUCGACAACCAUCACAAACCGAGGUUGUGAGUCUGGGGAAGCAGUGUGGACUCUCACAGAGACAAAUCCACACCUGGUUCAGACACAGACGGAACCAGGACCGGCCCAGUAACACCAAGAAGUUCUGCGAGGCCUCCUGGCGGUUCGUCUUCUACCUCGCAUCCUUCACGGCCGGCCUCGCCUCUUUGAUCAACACUCCGUGGUUCUGGGACCAGACCGAGUGUUGGAGGGGGUUCCCCAAUCAGCCUGUGUCCAAGCCUCAUUUCUGGUAUUACGUCCUGGAGCUGGGCUUCUAUUUGUCCCUGCUGCUGUGCGUCUCUGUGGACGUCAAGCGAAAGGAUUUCAAGGAGCAGGUAAUCCAUCACAUCGCCACCAUAUCCCUUAUUGGUUUCUCCUACUGUGCCAACUAUGUGCGGGUUGGCACACUGGUGAUGCUGGUACACGACUCUUCUGAUUUUCUGUUGGAGUCUGCCAAGCUGUUUCAUUAUGCCGGCUGGACCAGACUGUGUGACUCACUCUUUGUCAUCUUCGCUGCCGUCUUCCUGGUCACAAGGCUGGUGGUGUUUCCUGGAAAAGUGAUCCACACAACCCUGGUGGUGUCGCUUGAUUUCUUCGAGCCCUUCUUUGGCUACUACUUCUUCAACGUCCUGCUGUUAGUGCUGCAGGUCCUGCACGUCUUCUGGGCUUAUCUCAUCCUGCGCAUGGUCUACAAGUUUAUGUUCAUGGGCAAGGUCGAGCGGGACGAACGCAGCGAUGAAGAGAGUGAGGUGGAGGAUGAGGAUGAGGAUCCUGAGGAGGAAGGAGAUGAGUGCAGCUGGGAGCAGAGGAAGGGUGCAAUUAACUCUAAGCUGGCAUCGCUGGCCAACAACUGUGUCCUGAACAACCUGGCGAACCAGAGGAAUCUGAACAGCAGACUGCCCAAAGCCAGAUAGUGGUGCAAAACCAAACCUCCCUCACCAUCCAUUGGAAAUGGACUCAUUGCUCAUUAUGAAAUUCAUCUGGCAAAACAAGGAGACAUGAAUAUUCCUACAUCCAGUCACGUGUGUCGUUUCUGCAGGUGUUGUAUUUUUUGUAAAUACUUACAGUACAAGGAUAGAAACUGUGCUUCUAGGUUUAUUUAUACUUAAUUUACCAUUUAUGUCAACAAGAAAACCUAAAUGUUUUAUUCAAAACCCAAACACUUAUCUGACAAGUGGUGUAAUAUAUUUUAAGUCUACAGACAGAUAGACAGUACAUGUUCCACACAUGGUAUGGUUGGUUGUACAAAAAUAUUGACUGCAAGUGUGUUGACAAACCACCUUAGAGGCUAUUUUCUGAACAAUGUUCACAACUGGUUUUUAUGUUGUCGUCUGUGUCAGAAAGUACAAAGUUCUAUCUUUCGUUGAUGGCAUUUGACGUAGUCAGAGCCGAGCUCAGCUCUUAGAGGAGUUUUGGCGCCACCUUCAGAGGAAUGAAGAAAAAUCCAAACGGCCUUUAGGAAAGAACAGUGUACAGCUUCGUGGAGCAGAGAAAUAUGUGUGUGUGUUUUUCUACUUUGAAGCGCCAUGAAUUCUCUGUUUGAGUAUUGUUGCUCUACUGGACGUUAGUUUAGUGCCUUGGCUGCUGUUUUUUAAACUGUUUGGUUGCAAGCACUUGAUAUUUAUGAGUUUUGCGCACUGUUGUGAAUAAUUUUACUGUACAGUCCUUUUCCAACCCUAUGGGCCAUGCCUUACUGUGACUGUGCUAUUAGAACAGGCUGGUAGACAGAAGUGUGCACACAGACCAGCAAUAGACAAAUAUUAAGACUCUCCACAAAGGUCAAAUGCUUUUUGCUCAGAGGAGGAAAAGUUACUGUAACAUAAAGAACGAUUCUCAUAUUAGAGAACCACAUAUUUUUAUAUAAUUAGAUUGCACUGGAACACUUUGAGCAAAUACAAUUUCUUUGUACAGAUGUUCUCCAUCAUACCUUUAAGCAGUAAAAGACACAGGUCGGAGACAUUACUCCUGUUUGCGUCGUCACAAAUGAGUUCUUUUUCAGAAACCAUCACAAAACCCAGUAAAGUCAUACUGUGUUCAUCAAUUACAACCAAAAGCUGGUAUCACAUUUUCACAGGAGCUGUUAAAGUGUUUGCUGCAUCUAAUUAUGUUUUAUAUUAAGACAAGUACAAUGUGUACAAACAUUAGCACUAAGAACUGCAGAGCAACAAGGGGCUUAAAAUGAAGAGGUUGUGGAGUAAAAGGGCUGAGGACCACACAUACAGUAUGACACCAGAACGCUGUGUUUAAUUAGAACAGGAGGUCGGGUUUCCAAUAAAAUGGCUCUUGACUGUUCUUUUAUGAUGAACAUGGCUGCUUCAUUUAUUGUGUGGCCAUUACGCGAACUGUUUGAAGAAGACUUUAAUAAAUUAGCACAGCUGGGUUA